GUUUCCUCUUGAAAGAACAACAAAAAAUAAGGUGAAAUGAGCAUUGUUGAAACCUCAUGUUCUAAGAUUGAUCAUCUUUUUAUGUUGAUCUUGUUCAUUUUAGUGUUAUCAAGUCUUAAAGGGAACAGUCAGCCAUUAGUUCCGGCAAUGUUCAUAUUCGGCGACUCUGUCGUUGAUGUCGGAAACAAUAACAACCUCGAAACCAUUGUCAAGUCUAACUUCCCUCCUUAUGGUAGAGACUUCAUCAACCAUCAUGACACAGGAAGAUUUUGUAAUGGAAAACUUGCAUCUGACUUUACAGGUGAAAAUCUUGGAUUCACUUCAUACCCUCCACCCAUACUAAGCAAAGAAGCCAAUGGAAAGAACCUCUUGCUUGGAGCCAACUUUGCGUCUGGUGGCUCCGGAUAUUAUGACACCACUGCGAAGCUAUACAACACAAUUUCAUUGAGCAAGCAACUUGGAUACUACCAGGAAUACCAAAAGAAGCUCGUUGGGCUCGCAGGGAAGGCGAACGCAACAUCAAUAAUUUCAGGUUCGGUAUACCUGGUUAGCUCAGGAAGCAGUGAUUUUGUCCAGAAUUAUUAUGUCAAUCCACUCCUUUACAAAGUCUACACACCUAACCAAUUCGCCGACAUUCUUAUCCAAGCCUAUUCUCACUUCAUCGAGGAGUUAUAUCGGCUAGGAGCAAGAAAGAUCGGGGUGUCCACAUUACCACCGAUAGGUUGUCUACCAGCGUCCAUUACGCUAUUCGGUGAAGAUAGCAACGAGUGUGUUACCAAGAUGAAUUCAGUAGCCAAAUACUUCAACAAAAAGCUCAAUGCGACAUCUUUAAGUCUCAAGUCGAAACUCUCCGGGCUUAAUCUUGUUGUGUUGGAUAUCUACCACCCUCUUUUCGACCUCAUCCAAAAGCCUACUGAUUUCGGGUUCUUUGAAGCCCGGAAGGCGUGUUGUGGCACCGGGUUGAUAGAGACAUCAUAUCUGUGUAACAAGGAGUCGCCAGGAACGUGCAAAAACGCUUCAGAAUAUGUGUUUUGGGACGGGUUUCAUCCGUCAGAAGCAGCAAACAAGAUUUUAGCAGAUGACUUACUCGUUGAUGGCAUUUCUCUUGUGUCUUAAUGCCAUCUUUUUGAAGUGUGCUUCCUCUUUGAUCUCUAAGAGUCCAACUGGUCAUUUCUAUGAAAAGGUGGAACAAUAUUUGUGUGGGUAUACUCCAUAAAAUUAUAGUUACAAUUUAAAUAAUCAAUAUUUGUAUUGUAAUGUGUUGUAUUCUUGAGGUGUAAUUUAUUCUGUAUUUUUCACUUGUAAGUUUGAUGUUCUUCUACUUAAUAAUACGCCCAUUUUAAACUAA